GGCAUAUAGACGUGGAUCUGCCACUGAUGACGAUGCCCUUCUACCCUCCCUCAUGGGUGCCCGAGCUCCCCCUCGACACCAUCCCCGACUCGAUUCCAAUUAGUGAAUUCGUCCUGAACGAGACGUACGGGCGAUCCCCCCUCGUGCAUUCCAAGGCGCCCUUUGUGUGUGGAUUGUCGGGUCGUGCGUACUCGGCGUCGAAUGUCGCACUGCGCGUGGAAUUGCUGGCCAGAGCGCUCGCUCGUGAGUUCGCAUGGCAGCCCGGCACGGGCUCGUCGUGGAAGAAAGUCGUUGCUAUCUUUGCUUUGAAUACUAUCGACAGCUUACCACUGUCCUGGGCUGUUCAUCGUCUCUCCGGCAUUGUAUCGCCUGCCAAUGCUGCCUACAGCGUCUCCGAAUUGGCGUAUCAGCUCAGGGCUUCCAAGGCCAAGGCGCUUUUUACAUGCUGGCCCCUGCUGGCAACGGCGCAGGCGGCCGCGCGAAAUGCCGGCAUUGCCGAGAAGAAUAUCUAUAUCCUCGCGAUGCCGGAGGAGGCUCUUGCAGGAACAACCGGCAAGCUGGAGGGUUUCAAGACGGUCGAUCAGUUAAUCGCAGAAGGGCAGACAUCGCCCCCCGUGCAGGAAUUGGUCUGGGAAACGGGACAAGGGGCGAGACAGUGCGCGUUUCUGAACUUCUCGAGUGGGACGACUGGGUUACCGAAAGGUGUCAUGGUUUCACACCGGAAUGUCAUCGCCAACAUCUUACAGAUGUGCGCCUUUGAGAAUCCGAGUCGGAAACCGGCCCAGCAGAACGUCGUACUGGGAUUGCUGCCACAGAGCCAUAUCUACGGUUUGAUCGUGGUGUGCCAUGUCAGCAUCUAUCGAGGAGAAUCGGUGGUGGUUCUGCCGAAGUUCGACUUGAAGACUUUCUUGAAUGCCAUUGAACGAUUCAGGAUUAACGUCUUGUUCGUCGUACCCCCGAUCGUAAUCACUAUACUGAACUCCAAGCACGUUCUGGAUGGAUACGAUCUCAGUUCCGUCACGGAGAUCUUUACCGGAGCAGCUCCCUUGGAAGCUUCAACAUGCCACAUGCUGCUGAAGCAGUACCCAUCCUGGAAGAUCCGGCAAGCCUACGGCCUCACAGAAUCCGCGACCGUCGUCUCCGCAACGUCCGCAGACGACAUCGUGCUGGGAACAUCCGGUAGUCUCCUACCCGGUAUCCAAGCACGUCUGAUUUCCCUUUCCACAGGCGCCGAUAUAACCGAUCACAAUACGCCCGGCGAGUUACUCGUGCGGUCGCCCAGUGUAACCGUCCUGGGAUACCUGGGGAACCCGACGGCAACGGCUGAAACAUUCGGCACGCCAGGAGACGAGUGGUUACGAACGGGAGACGAGGCGAUGUUUGUACGAAAUGGCCCGGAGGGACACUCUCAUCUGGUCAUUGUGGAUCGGAUUAAGGAGCUUAUUAAAGUGAAGGGCCACCAAGUUGCCCCUGCUGAGCUGGAAGCAUGCCUCCUCGCGCAUUCUCUCGUGGCAGACGCUGCUGUGAUUUCUGUCCCGGAUCCGGCAGCCGGCGAGGUGCCCAAGGCAUUUCUCGUGCUCAAGCAGAGCGGCGCCGGGCAGAAACCGCUCUCGUCGGAGCAGAUCAAGACCGAGAUUCAGGAGUAUGUCCAGAAGGAAAAGGCGCGGUACAAAUGGCUGAAGGGGGGGGUGGAGAUCGUGGAUGCUAUUCCCAAGAGUCCUAGUGGGAAGAUCUUGAGGAGGGUCUUGAGGGAUGCUGAAAGGGAGAAGAGGAGGAUUGCUGCUACGUCUGCGAAGCUAUAACAUGUAGAAUAGACAGGCGUCUUUGCAGCGGUCUUGUUUCACCAACGGAGGACGCCUCUCGACAUUACAGCUCGACUGUUCCUUGUCAACGACCAGACAAUGCCAUCAAAGCUUCGAUCCAAC